AUGUCGGCAAUCGUUUCUGGCGAGCAGAACACUGCACCUGCGCAAAACUUUAAUCCUUCUUGGUUUGUUAAAUUAUUUUUUUCCUUAUUUAAAAAUUUUUUUGUUUAAGGAUGCGAUCCGCUUUCCACGGCGGCGGAGGCUCCGUUGGAACCACUCCUAGAGCUUCCAUGAACGACGAACCUAAUGAAGAAGUUUGUCACUUUUUUCUUAACUUUUCUCGAGUUUUUCAUUGUUUUAUGGCUUAGAAACUUUUUUUCAAGUCAACAAUGAAGAAAAGGUAUUACACAUUUUUUUUCAAUUUAAGAAGUUAAUGUGACAUUUUGGCCUUUUUUCGCUUGGAAAUAAUGAAAAAAAAGUUCGCAACAAUGUUUAGUUUAACUGCGGAAGUUAGGAGAACGGAAAGUUUUUGAAAAUGAAAUUUUUUUGAUUUUUGUUCUUUGUUAUUCAUUUUGUUCUGUUUUAACAAACCUUAACAGAUGACACCGAAUCAGAUAUUAGCGAAGAUGUUUUCAAAAAAAAAAAGAACGGAUUCAAUGGAAAUCACUUUGAUGUUUUUUUUCCUUGCCCUCUGUAAGAAAAAAAGUCGAUGCAAAAAUGCAGAUAUUUCCAAGGGCUGCCAACCUCUCCUCCAAGUUAUGAAAGUUAUUUUUAUACCUUUUUCUCAAAGUUUUGGGACUUAUUGAGUUCUUUGCUUGCUCACGUAUGAUGAAAAAGAAAGAAAUUUUAAAAGGUUUUUUUCCAGGAUUUCGGGUUGAAAUUCCCGCCGCCGGACUACCGUUACACCCGCGAGGAGUUGCUCAUUCUGGCGCCCAAGGAUUCGCGUCCCCCAGACGGCCUCGUCGAGUGUCCGUUCUUCGUGGAGCUCGCCCAGCCGCCCAUCGACACUCAGCCUCUUUCUGACCUUGAACAGGUUUCCUACCAUUCAUUCUUCCGCUGUAUAAAGCCUUUUUCAAUAUUUUUAUCCGGUUUUUUGUAUAUGUGUUUCCAAGCGUUCGAAACGACGGUUUGUUGGUAUCGUUGUCUUUUUUGUUCACUUUUUUUUUGAUACGAUUUUUAUGGCUUUGAUGAGAAAGUUGGCAACUUUUCACUUUUUUGUAAAAAAACACUCGAAAACCCUUAACAACUGAGUUUCGAAAAUUUACAAGUGAUUCGCGUAUUUAGUUGAUUUAUAUUAAAAUCGGUAAGAAAUUGAAUCAAACUUUGGUUUGUAACUAAAGAUGAAAGGAGUUUUUCAUUUUAUCUCAGUUAAUUGGUGUUUUUUUUCUACUAACCGGUAAAGAAAAAAGGGGCCACCUUUUUUCAACGUGAAUUGAUGGCUGUGAAACUUCUCAGAGUUUUUUGUGCGUGUUUCGAAAAUAAUAGCCCUAACUUUUUGCAUGUUAAAUUUUGCACUAAACUAACUUUUCGUUUUUUUAAAAUUGAACGGACUGCCUUAUUUUCAAAGUUGCGACAAUUAGGACACAUAUGAGGCGAAGUUUCAAAGAAAAAUGAAAAUCCAGUAAAUUCUCAUAUAAUUAUUUUUGAUAGGAGGGGGUACACCCUUUUUGCAAAACAUAAAUCAGAGUACAUCGUUUCAUGAUUUUAACUGUAAUCACCUUGAGAACCUUUAUAAAGUUCUUUUUUUUUCUACUUGAAACAACUGUAGAAUGAGUGACGUGAAAGCUUUUUCUAAUUGAAAAAAAACGCUCAAAACGAGAUUUUUGGAAUAUCACCAGUUAUUCUUUUCUUUUUUUUUUCGAGGCGAAUAAAGGCUGUAUUGGAAAGCUCAACUUAAUACCUUGAUUAACUGAAAAAGACACCUAUUUGUACGUAAACUUUAUAAAAAAGUCUGAAUUCAUCUGGAAAACAUCUUUUCUGGAAUCGGUUAUAACAUUUUCAAAACGAUUUAGAAAUCUGCCGCUGUUUCGAUAAAGGAAAAAAAGAAAAUCGUAUGCCCACGCAAAGGAAAACAUUUUCGGACAUUUUUUCGAUAUAUCUUUUUUACAGCGUUAUAAAAUCGAUUUCUUUUUGGCCUGUCUUUUGGAGUUUCAAAAAUGAUUCGUUUUUUCGAAUUUUACACUGAUAAUUUUGUGGGAAUGAAAGGAAAUUUGAUCGAACACGUUUUCUUCUCAGAUUCUGGCCAUUUCUUCCUUCCCUUGUUCAGCAAGUAGAGUAAGUAACCAUUUAUUUUUUUGUUAUGAUUUUUUUCGUUUAAAUUUAUUGAAAAUAGCGAGUUACUUUUUCUAGUUUCAACUAACAUUUUUGACUUUGAACUGAAAAAAAAUUGUAGCGAGAAUAGCUGUCCUUGAAAGGACAAAGUGACGAAUGUUCAUAAAUAAAUGAUAAAAAAUAAAAUUUUCCACUUGUCGUAGGUUUUACUGCGGCGAACGUAGUGCUGUUUAAACAUUGGAGCCGUUCAUUUUUUUUUCUUCCCUCUCGGCUUUCUCUCCAGUUUUUCCCCUGGCCCAGGUCCUCGUAUAACAUGUGGCGUUCUGGCAGUGAAAAUGACCAUGGCGCUCAGUUUUUUUUUUGUUACCUGCCGGCUUCUUUUUUUUCCUUUUCAAAAAAUUCAUAAUUUUUCUUAUUUAGAUUCCUCUAAUUUUACGAGAAAUCAAUUCUACGCAAGAAUCGCUUUUUUUAUUUCAUUAAAUUUCAACUAGGAGCAGGUAAAACAACAAAGUAUACUCUUUCUAUUGCUAUCACUUUCAUUUUUUUCAUAAAAACUGAUAUUUAAAUGCUUAACAUUUUAGAAACAUCGAUUAUUUUUCGCGAUUUAAUUUUUUUAAAAAAAGGCGAAAAAAACUAUAUUUUUAAGAGAUUCCAGUAUUUUUGAUCGAUUUAUUGAUGUUUUCUUUCAUUUUCACGUGAUAUGAAAUUUUUUCACAAUCCUGUGAACGUAAAUUUUGAAAAUUGAUGAACGAAUACCAAUAUUUUCCCGUUGUUGAUACUUGUUUUUGCCUUUGCUCAGCAUCUUUUUGAGUGAUUUAUGACAUGUUGAGAGAACCGAAACGGACAAAAAAAAAUACGGGAAGAAGGCUAUAACUUGUGAGCGAUUAACGCGGAUUUAUCGUGUCAGUUGUAGUUUUUUCUGUUUUUGGAUCAUGAAAGUUAGGCUCAUUUCAAGUGCGGUUCUCUUUUUCGAUUCAAUACACUUUCACACGGGCUAUGAACUGAAAAUCGAUGUGGAUCGCUAAAACUUUCCAUUCAUGGCAAUGAAACGAGAGAAAAAACGGCUGGAUAGGCUUGCAACUGGCUUAAACGGGUGUUCUUCGCAUCGAUCAAAGUCUCAUUUCUAUUCCCCAGGCGUUCGCCGACAUGAGCCAGUUGUAGAAUCCAUUUUUUUUUUUCGGCUGUUCACCGCAAUCGUAGUUUUUCCGUUCUCACAAGUUUUAUAUAACCCUUGUAAGGCGGUAGUUCAAAGGGAACAAAGAAUUUCUCAAAAUAUAUCCUUUUUGUUCUUUGGGUUGCUCCAAAACAUGGAAUUUUCGCUGUUUUGAAGCGUUUCCGCUCCGUUUCACAACACGCACCGUUUCUCCUUUCCAAUGCGUCGUAAACAAAAACGAGCAAUUCUUGAAAAAGCUGAAAUAUUUCCUCUAAUUAAUCUUGAGCGUCAUCAUAAAAAUGAACGCAGACAGUGUUAAUGACGUAAAUGUCUGAUUAGUAUAUCUUUAUCUUUAGUGGAAGUAGAUGAUUCACUUUUUUUCAUUUUCAAUUUUACUAUAGUCCAAAUUUGGUUCUUCAUUAAAAUUUAUCAUUUAUUCUGGUUUUUGGAUAUUUCGAAAAGGAAAUGAGCGGAUACUGACCACAGAUAAUUGUAGUUGAUAGCACGCAAAUGGUUUUCAGGAAGCUUUUUUCCAGAGCUUUGUUUUCAAUAUCUUAUCUACAGAAUCAAUAAAGUUGCUUUAAACCGGAAUUCUUCUCUUGAAAAUCUAAAACUCGUAAACUCUUUCUUUCAAAAAAUGUGUUCUUAUGGACCAUUUUUAAUAAUGCGACUAGAUUAGUGAAGGAAUGGAGGAAAAUCACGAAUUUUUGACCUUAAUCGAUCUUAAAAGAUAACAGGAACACCGUAUUGAUUUAUCAUCGCAUUUCACGUUUGUCAUAAAAGAAAAAAAAAAGAUAAGAAAACCCCUUCAGAAAAAAACAACGUAAAACUACUUUUUUGCUCCUUUCGUUUUGGUUUUUCUCAAGUUAACCAUAUUCCCAUCAAGUGCACCAUAAGCAGACUUUUUUUUUUGAAGGUCUAAAAGAUUAGAUCAUAAAUGAGUAUGCAAGUUCCCACUAGCGUUCAAAAGUUCGACAACAAAAACAUGUCUCUUUUUUUUUCUUUCCCAAUUAACUUUUAGUGCUUUUCGCGAACGUUUGAGUACAUUUCUAUGAGAAAAAUGUUUUGGAUUUUUAGAAUUUCGUCUCGAUUUCCUUGAUUUUACCAUUUAUGAAUUACAAGAUUUGUUCUUCUCUUAUAGAUUCAUUCUGAAAGAUGAGAUCUUUGAUUGAGUGCGCGUUUUCAAUUUGAAAGCUUUUAAUAUCUGAUAAAUCUCGUGAUUUGACCUGCCAUUUCAUUUUUGGUGAGUCAGAGACGACGUUUUUGUUGACCAGUCUGGCGCGAAACCACUUUUUCGUAUUUCUUUUUACGCUCUUUCGUCCCACUUUCCGAUUUUUUUUUUCUUUUUUUUGUUUCGUUUUAUGUCCUUCAUCACCAUUUUCCAUCUUCUUUCAGACGUUUUUUGUACGAGUUUUCUUGUGAUUUUCCUAUCGGAAUGGAUUUUCAACCGUAAUCUCGGCUUUUUUUUUGAAUUUCAACAAAAGUCGCAUACCAGUUUUGUACUUUCAAUAUAAGUUUCCAGAUGAAGUUUAUGAUUUUUGAAUUACUUAACAUUUACGAAGUUUGGAGAGUUAUAGGUUUGAGAAGAAUGGGUUUGCUUUUUUUAAUGUAAUUUUCGCAGAAUAAAUUUUUGUAAACAGAAGAAUGAACUUUUUUUAAUGGUUUGAAUGAAAGUGAGAAUGUUCUGUGUGGGACGUUGAACACAGUUUUUUUAACCAUCCAAUCAUUAUUCCAAGGAAAAAAUGAAUGAAUUUGUUUUUUUUUCUUUUCAUCAGAAACUGAACGAGUUGAAAAUUUUCUUCAAAUGAAAAAUUCGGCAGUUUCAACCGUUUUACGGAUUUUCGGUAUUUGAGAUCGAAUGCCUUUUUUUGAACUCCCAUUAAAAAGUCGUAUCGUUGAAAAAAAUUUCCUACAUAGGUAAUUUAGGGAUCUACCGAUUUUCAUCUUAAAAUAAAUAUUUUCAAGAAUUUCGAUCGGACCAGAUGUUAACAUUUAAAAAGUCCCUGUUUAUCAAUACUUUUCCUAUUCGUGAUAUUCAUUUUCUCGACGCCAUUCCUGUAGUAAACGCAUACUUUUCAGCGCCUUCAACAAAACAUAAACUCAUCAAAAGCAAUGUCAUCGCUGUCGCACGCCGAACGAGCCCACAUCGCCUCGGGCAACGCCCUCGGGAACGGUUACGGCGCCGGAAGUCCUGGAGCGGCUAGCUCCGCCUCCCGUGCCGGUUGGACCUCGGUCAAACCGUCCUGGGGUGAGAUAUCCACAUUCAUUUCUCCAUUAGGCAGGAAUAGGUCGUGCUGGUUAGAAGUAACAUGAAAAGAAUUGCAUUCUGAGUAGUGUUAAAAGUCUGUAACGUCGUAGUCUUUUCCGCGGCAGCCUGUCUUGAUUUUUUUUUUCCUUUGACUGCAAAAACCAUUUUUUCGAUACGCGCGACCUGUCUCUGUGCCUUUAUUAUAGCGGAAAUAUCUAGGCCAAAUUUAGGCAGUCUACGCGUUUCGAAGAAACGGGUUAUAUAGCUUACAUAAAAAUGAAUAAAGUUCAUGUUCAAAAAAUUGCGUUACUUGACAUCAAGUUUCUCUUGAAUUGAAUAAGUUCUGUAGGACUGUCAAAAAGAAUUGAUGAGGGUUCUCGUCUCGAAAAUAUUCAUCAAAAUGAUCCAGGCUGCAGCUCUAUUCAACAUAAUUGCAAAAAAAAAAAAUAAGUUUUUCCGCAAAGUUUGAUCAACUUUUUAUAAUAUUUCACCUAGUUAUUGGAUUUUUUCCAAAACUUUACCGAAAACUAUUUUUUAAAAUGGAGUACAUUCAAAAUUUCUCAGGUCGUGGCACUGCGGCAACUCCACCGUCACAACGUGGAAACAACAGCCCAGGCGUCCGUGGGACGGCGUUCGCCUACGGGCGCGGCGGAUCUCGCGAGAACGGCUUCGGAUCGACGCCGACUGGCUCGGCGCCUGGGACGCCGGACGAUGCCGGGAUGUCGUCGCCGUUUGGGCAAAGAUUCCCUGGUACGGCUUUGGGAGAUUUUCGAAAAAUCAACCUUUUCAGUGUAUUCCGCGGGAGACGAUCCCCAAAAAACUAGUCUCAAUUUGAUAUAUUGAUUUUUGAUUUAAAAAAAAAGGGGGGACUUAGCGUGAAAUUUCUUCUAUAACUGCUGGAGAAAAAAAUCGAUGAAGGUCAAAAAGUUAUCGGAGAAGUCGUUUGAUUUUAUAUUAAAAUUUCUGCUUUUUUGAUCAUUUUAGUUUUGACCAAAACCGAUAGAAAUUAUUCAAAAAAGGUUGACGAGACUGGUUGUCCCUUAUUCAAGUACCUGAAACAAUUGGUUAAAGUUGGGAUUUGAGGACGAGGUCGUGGUGGCGGAGUGGCGGCGGUCGCACGUGGCGGCAGCACAACGGCCGGCUCUUUCAAUCCCCGCGCUCAAGGGCUUUAUCACAAGGAUACACCGGGUAAAACGUGUUUUUCAUGUCGCUUUUUCUUGUCCGUCUCGUGAAAGUUUAUUGAUUGUCGGAGCCAAAUCGUUUGGAGCGUCUAUGUUUUCGAAAAAAAAAACCUUACUGGAUUUCAUCCUUUGAGUGCAAAAAUUAACUCUGUGUAUGGAUCGAAGGGAAAAUUUAAAAUUAACAAGAAAUAACUCCAACCUGUCUUCGCGAGCUCACGUUCAGUACUAACCCCCUGUGUGCUUUCUUAUUUUUCAUUUCUCAAAUCAGAGAAAAUAGUAUUUGUUCAAAUUGGCAGAUCGCCCCCGAGCCGUUGGCACCACAUUGAGAAGCGCUAGUGAGGAGAAUGACGAAAAUGAGAAAGAUGAAGGCGGAUGGCUGACGGUGGGCUCGCGGUCACCCUGGGGCCGCGCGAUUUCUCAACAAAACGAGACGACGACCCCUCGCUCACCCUGGUUACGCAAUGACCAACGUAUGUGGAAUGUAGGAAAAUUCACAAGAGGGGUUCUUUUACUGAACGGCUGGUAAAUGGCCAUAACAAUCCUUGAAAAAUUUGUCCGUAACACUCCUUGGUGAACCAGAUGAAAACCGGGAAAGUCUCAACCUACACGACAUCCUAUUUUUUGAGAAAGGUCGAUUCAAAAUCAACCAAAAUCUCGAAAUCCCUCUCGAAUUAGACUAUUUUGCUUCCCUUUUUGCUUAGAAAUAUGUGGUUAUGGAUUUCAUUCUGGUACAUGAGGGGGUGUUUUUGGCGAAUUUAAGGAAACUCCAAACGGCACAGUAAAAUUACCAUUCUUGUUAAGAGAUAUGAUUCUGGGCAACUGAGUACUCCGGAACAUUGAAAUCUCAUAAGACUUUUUGAGUUGUUGUCUACUUUGUUCCCGCUAGCCCAUUCCGCAGCAGCCUCUCAAGCUUUUUAGUUCCCUCCGAGCUACAGAACCUUUUCCUUCGAUGCGCGUGGCCUGCGGAUGUCUAUGCGCCUUUAAUAUAACGGAAUUUUCGGGUCGAAUAAAAAUCGCAUGAACAGACGCAGACCACGAGAAUCGAAAGGAAGGGUUCUGUAGCUCGGUGAAAAAAAAACGUGACGAACUAGCGCGGAACGGGCUAGAGAACACGAAUAAAAAAAUGAAUCAUGUGCCUUUUAGUGAUUUUCAAAGAACUUUGUCUGCGAGAAAAAAAAACUUUGUCCGGUAAAUUUAUUUUCUCUUCGGCCAAUAGUCCUCACGAGAAGAAUGGGGACGCAAAAAGCUCCUAAAAACGGUUAAAAUAAAGCUUGUUCCGGAAUACUCUGUUUUGAAAUACUACGCGCAGAAAUUAUUGAUCAGUUUGGCCCGUUAUAAAUGAAGAUGGUGGUUUAUUUUUUAAAAAAUAUCUUAAAAAGUAUAUCGAUCCGAACAGUAUACUCUAUUUUUCAUCUAUGCAUUUUCAUCAGCGCCCAUGCGGUCCCUGAGAUUUUUUUUUAUAAAUUUUGGAUUUUGAAUAAGAUAAGAAACGAGAACUUUUAUUAGCGCAUACUUUACCUCAUGCUCAAGCCUUGAAACUUGUUCUGUUUUGCUCAUGACUUGUAAAGAAAAACUGAGAAAAUAAAAUAAAAUAGAAAUUUUGGAGAAAAAAGACAAACGUCCGCACGUCCCAUGCUCGCGAGCGUAAUAAAACUUGUUUAAAAAAUUUUUCACCCACAUUUAAAAAAAAAAGAAAGGUUGAUAAUUCUUCCAGAGUGGGCGUUGCACCGUGAGAACAGCAACGCGGCCACGAAUGGCGCCAAUUCUAACGCCUGGCGUGACCGAGCGUCGAUGGUGCAGCAGGCGUACACGGACCAAGGUCCCAACUCGGCUUCUUCGACGGCGCCUCGGUCCCUCCAGGCUCAGAGCAUGCCCGAGUGGAUGGACGACGGCGACUUCAAGGGGUUUGAUAAUUUCACCGCUAACCUUCUCUAGCUUGAAAGGCCUAUCAGGCUGAAGAGGUUAAAUCAGCACAGUUGGUCCUCUGAUUUUCGAAAUGAGCACAGCUAGGUCAUUUAUUUCCUCAUAAAUAAUCCUUUCUUUUCUAAUCGCCAAAAAUGGGCUAGGUUUAUUCACUUAAUGAAAAAAAAGCAUAAGAGGCUGUUGAUCAAAAAUAAUGUAAAUUAGUUCAUCCGAACACGUUUAGUCGGUAUUUGAGAAGUUUCAAACUGAGCGGAUAGAAAUAUAUUGAGGAUAAGAUGAGAAUUAACUCUGAAGAAUCUUCCAGGGACGUCGCGACGAGUGCCUCGACGGCCAACAGCGGCUCCUUUGACGAAAAUGGAACUUUCCGAGGUCUCGGAUCGACGUCCUCGACGGCUCUCCAGCCCAAACAAGAACCGCCCACCAAGACACAGACCUCAAACGUAUGGUUUGCUGAAUGUUCUAGGGUCCAAGAUGUAGUGGAUCAGCAUUCUUUUCAUUUUUGCUUUGCUCAUAGAUGUUAUCGAAUAGGCGGUAAACAAGAGUUUUUUCAACUUUAUCGAAAAAUUUCUUUUUGACCGACUAGAAGAGCAAACGUAUUAGGUCCAAAACAUGGCCUUGUUCAUAUAUGGGCAAAUAAUUUUUGGAGGCCGCCAACCCUCCCUUCCAAGUAUUAUGAAUUUUAAGCCGUUAAAAUCCCUCUGAGGUUGAAUUUUGUGCUUUUUUUGCUGCCAACACUACCUUCCUAGGCUUAGAAAUAAUUCUUACUCAGUUUUUUGGUCAUUUUUUGUCAGCCGACCCCUCCACCUGGUCAAGUGGGGUUCUCUACUUGCUCAUGUAUGACCUUAUGGUUCAUUCAUUCAGUUUUUCAAAGUAAAACUCCAAACACUGUUGUGAAUUAGGCCUCAAGUUUUGAUGAAGGAAGAAUCUCUUAUAAGGAAAAAGUAAAAAUAGUUUUUUUCGAUGAAAGAAAAUAAAUGUAGAGGUCUUUAUUUUUUUCACUGCGAUGGUAAAAGAUGCAGACACUUUGAACAGAAAAAUAAUCGGAGAGAAAACUUUUAUGACCUUUUUUUACAGUGACUUUUUUUACAGUGACACCGAAAGUUGUUGAGUUGAUUUUAAAGUUUUCAUUAACAUUUAAUUUACCCUCUCGAUGAUUUUUUUAUUUAUCAAGAAAAUCCCUUUUUACACAUUUUUCUUUAUAAUUAUCGAUUAAAUGUGAUUCGAACCGCGUAUCUUGACGGAGAUAUAAUUGUGAAGAAGAUUUUCAAAAAGACACAAAUUUUUAUAAUGGUUUUACUGUUUUCAGGCAACGGCUUCAACAUCUACCCAUCAAACAUCGUCGGAAAGCGUCAACACAGCUCAAAGUGAACGGUUAGAUCAUUUUCGCAGUGUUCUUAUGAAUUGAAAUGGUUCAGGCCAACUUCUGCAGCACCUUCGACAGCUACGCCAGCGUUUGGAAACAACUGGAACGUGCCUGCGUCGUCAGCCGCCAACCUGAUGGGCACCGGAUCAUUACCACAGGUUUCCGAAAAUAUUUUUAGGGGGUUUCGUGGGAGCUUUUUGCGUUUUCAAAAAUAAAAAAGAAAGAUCCUUAAUAUUCAAAUUUUUUUGCGCUCUUCGCUUGAAUAGCUGUAGUCUAAAGGAGUCGGGUAUCUUUCCAAAAUGAAAAUAAAACGUGACAAGGUAGCGCGGAUUGAGCUUCACAAAGGGUGACUUUAUACGAACGCGGUUUUCGGCGAAAAGAUCCAGAAUAAAAUGGAAAAAAAAUAGGAAAAAGAAAAUUUCAAAUAUUUUAUUCAUUCAAAUGAAGUUCCAAACCUUAGGAAAUAAAAGAGAAAACUCGGGUUUGAACACUUUUCUGCUUGUUCGAUUGUCUCUACAAAUGGACAGGAAAAAUUGAAAUCGUUACUUUCAUUACUACCUUCCCAUUUCUUUACCUGUGUAUAGUCUGUGUGCCACGACUUGCAAUUGCGUGUGUUCGCGAAGCGUCUUCCAAAUCUAGAUCACGCCUUCAAUUUAUUUUUGUUGCUGUGGGAGCACAUGAAAGUAGAGUACCUUAAUAAAAGAAAAGAAAAAUUAAAAGCGCGACCAAGGUUCGCAAAGGCGCGAAGACACAGCGGAAUGUCGUUCCGUGGAAUUUCAACUUGUGGUCCACACACUAUAACGAUUAUGCGUUUACAGUUCACUCCACUUUUUAUUUUAUUCUUUUUUUCAUCCGAAUCCGAGAUAAAUCUAUUAGAACUGUCUAAUUUUGAAAUAUAUUCCGAAAAGAACAUAGGUGGCAGAUGAUCCUGCACACACAGCUCAUUUCUGAGAUACUUACAAAUCUGACUUUUGAGGUAUCCUCCUUGCUGGACAACUUUGGCAGCUCGUCGUUCGAUGUGGAACGGAUACGGCUCCUGCAGCUGCAGCAACAUCAGCAGCUGUUGUCGUCAUUGGCCGCUGCCGCCGGACUGACGCCGGUGAUCCAGCCGGCGCCCGCCAUACAAGAACAGCCUCCCGCCGACCCGGAAUUCGUCUACAUUGAUCCGACCGGCACCUCUCGAGGGCCUUUUACCAAGGUGAAUAAUCGAGAUUAAAAUAUUGGUAAAAACAAGGAGAGAUCUACUCUAAGACACCGUAAACCAUGUGAAAUUUGUUUGAAUCCAAUUUUCUGUUGUCGAUUUGAAAUGAUUAUGCGCUUGUACACAAAAAAUUUCCCAGUACUGAAUUUCCACUAAAAAAAUUAGGAAAAUGAUUUUUCAAGUGGGAGAUAACACGUUUGUGCGCUUGAAAGUGGUCAGGUUUUCUUUUUGAAACGUAUGAAAAGACAAAAAAAUUAAUCAGAAAAAAAUAAAACUGGAAAAAAUUGGCUGAAAGUUCAGGAUAACAUGGUCUUAUGGUUCAAAGCGGGCUAUUUCAACGACCAGACGUUGAAAAUCAAACGGACGACGGAUGCAGAGUUCAAAACUUUCGGCGACCUGAUGCGGCUCCACGGAGCGACGACGCCGUUUGACUAUCCGCCUGAAGUGAAACCGGCUCCAGUGCAACCGGCGCCUUCCCAGUUGUCGUCCUUCGACCCUUUGACUUUCGCCGCCUCGAAUCCGCCUUUGAGCGGGCUUUACGGGUAAGAAAUCCCCAUCUGCUGGAAACUUCACGCAGCGUAAAUGAGUUUCUGAAAUUCUCAUCCUGGUCGCCAAUUUUUGAUAUGUUUUUGAAGGGGGAUUUCGUUACUGAGAACCGGUAGUGCUAUACUAUUUAUGGAGAAGUAAGAAAAAAGUUACAAUAAUUUCUUCGUUUGCUUGCGCCUAGCUCUAAUACGGGGGACCCGAUAGGCAAACAAUUCUUAAUUUUCCAGAGAAAGGGUGAUUAGCGGGGCUUUAAACUUUAUGCUCACUUGGUUUUUUUUUCGACGUUGUGUAGCACCAGCUAGAAUAAAACUGGUGAAAAUUCGCUCGGGUGGACCCGCUCGAGUAAAACGGGCGCGGCGAAAAUAUCGUUUCUGAUAAAGCCGCGGGAUAAAAACGGGUGAAACAUUGUGGCGCCCGCCGAUCAACGACCACCGCAUUGAGGGAAAAGGGCAAAUUUAUUUCAAACUUUCUACUCGUGGCAUAUCUAGAUAUAAGUUUUGAGCAAAGCCGUUUUUAAUCGAAAAAAAAUGAAUCGAGGAUUUUUGUUUUCAGCUCUCCCUGGUAUCCAGGAAUCACCGGGCUGAACAUGCAACUUCCCCAAUUUCCCAAUCAACAAACUGGUCUCGAUGCUUUACAAACACAGGUGACUUGAAAAAAAAAAGGGAAAAGCAUGAAGUUUUUUCAGCUUUAUAUGAAUGAACAGAAGCGGAUUCGAGAGGAGGCUGAGAAGAUUGUUGAAAAAGCUCAAGCCGAGAAGUUGGACUAUCAGCGGAGGCUGCAGGAGAAGGAGGAACUUUUGCUGCGACAACAGGUUUCAAAUCGUCCGAUUCUCUGACACAAAUGAUCCAGGAGGAGCUGGCCAAGAGGGAGCAACUGAUGAAGGAGAAGGAAAUGGAGGCGCUCAAGAAGUUCCAGGAGGAGCAGUUGAAGCUGGAGAAGAAGGCGAAGGCCAUCGAGGAGGAGAGGCUUAGGAAGAUCGAGGUCAGGAGAAGAUCACCGAAUCGGCAUUGGGAAAAAAUAUUAGAUCUUAUGAAAAUGGAGACAGAGCCUGAUCAAUUUACCCAGUGGCGAUAGUUUUAUUCAAAAAACUCUUAUUCAUUGAUUUUUUCGCAUAAGGUUCAUAACAAUAAUCGGUCGCCUAUAGGUGCCACUAACUGAAACCCAUAUAGGUACCACUUUUGCAAGCUCUAGUGGCCUCCAAAAGGCGUUGGUAAAGUGGUCCUUAGAGGGGAGCCUCCAAGAGCAUCUAAGGUUUACCUUUGGGGGACCACUCUAAAGUUCCUAAGUUAGUAUCAGUUGUAGUUUUCAAAUGAAUAUCAACUUUCAAAUUCUUGCGAAAAUUUUGCCACGCCUUCUUUGAGCUUUUAAAGGCGAUCUGAAUCGUUGAAAAGAUUUGGCUUCUUUUCAUCAUAAUAAAUCGCAAAAUUCAGGAGGAGCGCCGAGAACAAGAAGCGUUAGAACGAUUGAGGGAACGGGAAGCGCAGAUCCGGCUUCAGAAUGAAGAGCGGCUGCGACAGGAAGAACGGCUCAGGUAAAAGAAGAGAGCUUCCAUAAACAGUUGGAGCUUCUUUUUUUUUAUAGAAAAGCGGAAGAGGCGGCUGAACGCGAACGACAGCGACUGGAAAUGGAAGCCGAGUUGGCCGCCGAAAAAAUUCGACAGAUCGAGUUGAAGAAGGUUUUGUCAAAGAAGAGGGGAGCAAAAAAAGAAGAAUACUCCUGCAGAGAGCGGAAGAGGAGAAAGAAGCGAAGAAGAAAGCUUCCGAAGUCGCGAGGAAGGUCGAAAAGUCGGAUUCUUUCGAAAUCGAACAGGCCUGGGCGGUAAGCAACGGGAAGAAACCAAUGAAUGAUGAGAUUAGAGAAAAAACAACAGAUGUAGAAGGUUGAGCCCAAAAUAUAAGUGGAUAUGUGCUCCAUUGACAAAUAUUUUUCAAUUGAAAACGUUAUAAAUAAGCUCUCAAUGGCGAGAGUUUCAGGAAUUAAAAAAAAAAAUACCUGGCAAAAAUGUCUUAAAAAAAUUAAACUGGAGAGAAAAAAAGAGAUUCGGAAAGAUGUGCCAAGUUUUUCGCUUGAGAGCUCUACGGAAAAAAACAAGGAUUUCUAUUAAUGAUUCCAAAAAAAUCAAUUUGAAAAAAAUUUAGAAGCUGGAACCUAGAUCUUCCGGAGGAAAAAAACUGAUACAAAUUGAAGCAAAAAAAAAAAUAAAAAAUUGAUGGGAAAUUAUUUAACGAGGGUGAAGUUUUUUCGAGCUCUAAAAAUUCUGUCUGAGGAGCCUUUACCAAUUUAUUUUUUUCCUCGAAUAUUCUCUCCUCCUUGAAGGAAAAUCUGAAUAAUGAGUUCCUUUUCCAGACCGCUCCGAAGCCUCGACAAGCGACGACGACAUUGAGCGAAGAAUCACAGGACGGCUGGCAGACCAUCUCCGCCGCGCAGAAACAACAAAAAGCCAAACGUCUGUCCGCUCUCUUUUGUCCAAGUUUCCGUUUCUCGGUCUAGAAGCACCGUGGGCGGCGAAACAGUCGGAGCAGGCGGCGGCCGAGAAGACGUUGCGCGAGAUUCUUGCCGAGGAGGAACGACAGGCGCGCAUCGAGCAGGAACGUCUGGCCAAGAUCAAGAAAGAAGUCAGGAAUUACUUUAGGGAUAAUGAUGACUCAUCAUAGAACUGUGUGAACCCUAACGUGGUCACUUUGACCUGAAACUUUAGAAUCGAUAUAAUUCAUUAUGAAUACGUUUAGUUUUGGAGCUAUAGAUACGAAAAACUAGUUAAUUAUUCCAAACGUCUUCUUAUGAUUCAAAACUUGAUUUUUUUUUUUUGCGCGAAAAUACCUUUCAAUUUCUGCGCUCUCCACCAACCACAUAUUCUUUAUUUUUUUUAAUCGCGUCAGGACCCUUUUCUCGAUGGCUCAGAACAGCCGUAAAUAUAUUAUAUUUUGCCUCAAAGUAGAUCUGAGGACGAAUUUUUCGAAUUGAGAAUAUCUAGACCAAAAAAAAUUAUGAAGAGUAUUUUGAUUAUGAGAACUUGCAGGAGCCGCCAGUCGCCUCGACAUGGGGCAACGCCUCGCAGCGGCUGCAGUGGACUCCGCCGGCCCCCGUCGUCAAGCCCGCCUCGUCGAAGAAUCCAUGGGCGGCUGCUCAGGCGGCCGACUCGGCUAAAAGCUACGUUUCGCCCUUCCUCGACGGACCUUCCCUUCAGGCUGCUAACAAGGUCCAAAGUCGAACUUUUCGGAUCUUAUAGCGCAACCGGGUCAUACAUGAAAAAGUACAGAACUUAAUUUUCCCAGGGGUGUGAGGGAUCUUAAUUUGGACCUUCGCGGAAACUUUUUUUAACCGAUCACUCAUAAUAGGUGAACAUCUCCACGCGCCUUAAAGUAUGGAUGUUACAAUCCUGUAAUUAUAUGAUUUUCACAAGUUUUUCGUCAUUUAAUAGGAGGCUCCAGACUGUUUAUUAUUUGAAAAAAACUUAGAAAAAAAUGAUCUCAGAGAAGCAAUAAAGGAAUGACAUGCAAAAAGGAAAGUUUGAGACGCCGAAAGCUUCGUUAUUGAAUCGUAAUAACUUUCAAUUUGAAGUCUAUGCAAGUCCCCAACCGGCCAACAAAGCUCAGCCAGAUCAACUUGGAAAUUUCUGGUUAAAAACAUUAGAAAAAAAAUAUAUAUAUAAAGAAGUUUGAAAUAUUUUUCAAUUUCAGGUCGCUCCGACGCCUCCACCGGCCAAGAAAGCUCAGCCAAAGCCCGAAGCACCGAAACCAGCCCCUGCUCAAAACAAUAACAACAAGAAAAAGCCGGCGGUGGUGGUGGACGAAGGUCUGAACGAGCUGAAGAAGUGGUUCGUCAAGCGGUUCAAGACGCUCUCUUCUGGCAAGGACGUCAUCGACGUCGAGUUCCUCUACGGCGUCGUCAUCGACGAGGAGAAUCCUAACGAGGUGCCUUUCGUUGGCCUCGGCUCUCAAGGAAAAAAGGGGGAUCGUGAAAGGAUUCCUACGAAGAAUCUGUACUAGAAGUGCAGAUGAUCUCGAUAUCUAUAGAACACCUUGAUAGAUGAAAAGGACGCGUCCCAUCAAUGAAAACAGAUUUGGAUUUCGAUAAGGAGUAUAAGAAUCUUGUAGUUCUUGAUAUGAGUGUCAUAAGGAGGAUUUAAAAGUCAAGCUAAAUUUUUUUUUUCUUCAAACUGAUAUUUGAGAAAAAAAGAAAGUUCUGCGAUUACUUCUGAAGUUCAGAAAAGAGUACACGGUUUUUUAUUUUGCGGGUCACUCUUAGCUUACUAGUGGUCAUUAAAGUGGAUCCAGAGUUUUUUCAGUGCUCGCUUCAGUAGGCAGAGAAGUUAUGCGAAUCUUCCAUUUCUCAGAUUGAAGAUUAAAAAAAAUAUUAAUUUUUUUCACCAACAAAAAAACAAAAAAAUCCAAAGAACAUAGUUUUAUGAUUUUUAAUGAAGUUUAUUUGGUUUUUUUGGGACAUUUUUUUGGAAAUUUUUCAUUUCUUGUCUUCUUUUCACUCAGAAAAAAAAGAAUAAUUUUUUUCAUAAAACAUAUUUUUCCCAUUUAUUGAUAACCGAUCAUUAGCUCCGAAGAUAAUCUCCCUUCGAGCUGGCUUUUUGAAAGUAUUCGAGGAACGGGGAAACACGCAGAAAAAAAGCUCCGCCUCCGACUAAAAUAUCUAAAAAUAGUCGAGUUGGUGAGCGCGAGAGAAGGAACGUUUGAGUUCUCUUUUUGCAAAAAAAAAAAGAGAAAGGAAAAAAUAUGCAUCGUUCCAAGGCGUGAUAUACACACUUCCUCUUGUUUUUUCGCUUUCUCAAAAAAACUUUCUCCCUCACGUGUCACAUAAAACUAAUUUUUUGGAGCUAUCUGGACAAAAAAAAAAAGGAAAAAAAGUGUUCUUUGGAAAUGGAGGAACGAGGGCUUUCUCCUAUUCAUAGUGCAUGCCUUUUUUAUGUGUCGCGGACUAAUUUUCCCACCCUGAAUCGGUUAUUUCUGGCCCCUAGUACGAUUCCAAUUCUUUUUAAUUAUUAGAUGAUAUGACUGCUUUUUCUAUAUUUAACUCACAGAAGCAUUGGAAAAUUAACGUAAUUAUGAGUCAGAAAACGUGCUUUUUCUGUGUUUUGAUGAAGAGUAAAGUUUAAUCUGUAGUGUUAGUUUUUUUAUGAAGCAAGAUCAGAAAUCUACUUUUUUUGCAAUUCUAACGGAUGAAAAAGACGAAUUGAACUCGUUUUUAAUGUUUUUUUGGAAAAGUAGUUAUAAAUUCUGGUAGCUUUAUUUUUUUAGCAAUUUAGAGAUUUCUUACCAUCUUCCCGAAUUUCAAAUAAUUCAUCAUAACCUCCCCCCACACGCAAGUAGUUUGCAGGCCAUAAUUUUUGAUUUUCUAAAAGGCUAUCAAGUCUUUUUUCUUCGGCGGAAGUCUAAUGAGAUUACUUUCGCAAGGCUAAUUGGCUUUAGAGCUCUUUUUCCCAUAAAGUGUGCAGUAAUUUUUUUAUUGAAGUGUAAUAUCAAAAGUCAGACUUCAGCAAAGAAAUUUUUCAAUUUGAAAAACACAAACAAACUUUCGAAACAUAUCUGGAAAAAAUUGUUAAGUUCAACACUCAGUCACAGUUUUUUUUUUGAAUAAUAUGCAACGUUUUUUUUCGGAGUGUGUACGAUUUUUCAUCCUUAUAACAGAGUUCAUAGGGUGAGUAAUCAGAUUAUCUCACAAUGUUUGAAACUUGAAAACAAGAGCUAAUUGUUUUGAUGAAAAGUGACCGGAAAUCAUCGCUUUAUUUUUAAACUUUUAUUGGAUUCAUUAUAAACUCUAUCUGUUGAGAAAUAUAAAAUUGCUGAGAACUCCGAACCUAUGGUCCGAUUCGCUGUGAAAAGGUGAAAAAUCCAAUAUAAUGUUCCCAUAAUAUUUUUAAAAAAAGGCAAAUUGUAUUCAGAGAGAUCGUAAAGUUGGGAAAAACGCUAUGUGUGAAUCAGUACAUCAGGUCCGAGCAGAGAUUUUUUUCCGGAGGAAAUAGGCGAAGAUAAUUGUAGUUGUAAUGGAUGAUGAAAUUUUUGUACCCGCUUUUUCGGACAGCUGAAAAAGCGUUUUCGAUCGACCAGCGACCGUAUUAUCCAUCGCUGUUGCUAAAUAUGGAAGCUCUGAUUUGGGUGGUAAUAAAACUGUCGAUGGCCCCGCAACCGUGGAAAGAGUCUAUUUUCGACUAAUUUAACCGGUGAACAUGAAGAAACAGGAUAUUAAAAGCCGAAUUAUACUGAUAAGCGCGCUAAAUUAAGAUUUUUCUCGUCGCGCCUGACGUGUUCAGAGUAUUUAUAAACCCCCAUUGGUGCUGCUGUAGUUUGUUUGGCUCCGUCGGCCUUUAUCUUCUUCUUUUUUUUUCGCGGACUACGGUGGUCCUUAAAUAACCACUCUAGGAACGUUUGAUUUUUUCUUUAUUUCUGAAAAAAAAUAUAUACAUCUCUUUUUUGAAAAUUGGAUGAAAAGCCCUGAAGAUCUCUCGAAGAGCGAAAUAACAAACUUUGCUUUUUGGCUCUUAAAGGUUAAUUGACCAAAACUGGAUAAAUUUGACAAAAAAGUGAAAAUUCUUAAGAUGUUUCUUUUUGAUAUAUUCAAGCUUUGGAAGAAGUUAAUAAGAAUUUUUUGUACCAUAGAAUUUACAGUAAACAAAGUUAACAUUAGCGUCAUUUGUAGGCAUACCAAGAACAUGUCUGACCAAUUUAAAGUAGUACGUCUCUGGAUACAAAAACUUCGACUCCAAUCAAUUGCUGUCUGGAAUCGCAAAAAAAAAAACUCUCAUCAAUUUUUUUGGUUACGCUCAAUUGAGUACAUACCUAACCUAAGCCGCAGUCAGCUUGAAAAGAAAAAAAGUCUGUUGCCUUUUAAAAGUUCCACAGAAAGAACAAAUGGUUCAAUGUUUUUUUAUAAUACUUUGCUUGUCGUACUGAGAAUAUCUCCUGAUUAUAAUAUAGAUUCGAGUUUGCAGAUGUCAUGAUUUUCUAGGAACAAAAUCUUGUGUGAGACUGGCUAAAAAUAAGUUUGUCUCACUCACAAGGAAACUUGGCUGGUGAAUAAUUCGGCGAUUUGUAGUGAUCUCUCGAUUAGCCACUUUUCCCAUCUCCUCUCACUUUAUUUCCAGGAUUAGUGUUUCCAAAAAAAAAUAGAUUUAUGUAAAGUCCCGGAAAUAGCCGCUGUAUUUACUGGAACUUUCGGCUUGUUUUUCAGGCAAAAGAGUGUAUUUUUAUACAUGAGUCAGUGUGAAAAUAAAUAUGGCCUUAGAGGAAGAAGAAAGAAAAAAAAAACUAACCAAAAUAGAAAGUCAUUUCAACACGUUUAUUUGAGAACAUCUUAUCCUUAUCAUCCAGGGGUUGAAAUAGCCCUUGAAAUUUUUGGUGUUUAGUUUUUUAGGGGACUUUUUGUUCACAAAUGUUGUCGGAUAUGAAAAUCCUCGGGGAAAAAUAAAAUUGUUGUGAUUUGGCGCUUCUCAACAAACUAAUCUGCUCCCUUCCAACAUUUUUCUUAUCAUCUUUGAGAGUCGUAUAGCUGUUAUGAUUUACGAGGCUUUUUAGUGGCGGGCGGGGCUUCAUUCGCCACGCCCACUACAAUCUUUAUCCGUUUCGCUUUUCGUUUCAAGUUGGCAGAUUCAGUUUUGUGUGGCGCUUUUCUCGUACUUGAGUUGAUUUUUUUUUUUCGUUUGAGAAGAUUUUCAACAAAGAUAGCGCCUAGGCAUCUGGCGUUCCAAAAAACGCAGGUCGAAUCUGCAGAAUUUCUAAAGAAUCGUCUUAAAAAAAUAUUUUCUCAUUCAGACUUCUUCCUUUGGCCAUCCUACCACCCAUCUGAAUGAAUUAUCACUUAUUCAUCCUUAAUUAAGAAAAUAUCCCUGAUUAAGCCUAAAAAUAACCGUCUGAAAAUUAUAGCUUUUUCUUUAUAAAGAAAAAGACAUGUUUAAGUCAUUUUAAAGUUUCAGUCAACACGUAUUAGGUAUUUUAUUCUAAAUGUUGAUUGACACGUCUAGACAGAUAUUUUGAUAAAAAAAAAGUUUGUAGAAACGUCAUAAAAUGAGGAUCCAUCAGUGUGAUAAUUUAUUUUUCUUGCAGGUUGAAGACUUUGUGAUGUCGUAUCUCAGCGAAUCGAAGGCGGUCAAGGAGUUCGUCCGCGAAUUCCUUCAAAAGCGCAUCGAAUUGCGCAAUCGUGGCGAGAAGCCCGAAACAGAUGUUCGUGAACAUGUUUCAUAAUGAGGAAAAAGCGUUGUUUUUCUCAGGAUCUCUCAAGUGCAAGGACGGCUGCAGCAGCGGGUAGCAAUGCAGCGGGUAAUGGCUCUGGUGGCUCUUCGGCGGCUCUUCGUAACAAGAAGAAGAAGGUAUAAUAAUUUAUUUCGCAUCCACAAGGAGAAGCUCUCAAUCUUCUUUUUCUCAUUCCUUUUAUGGCUUGAACGCCAAGUCCAUGAGCCAAGGUCCUAUCUUGAAUAAUCAGUAGACUGGCUCUAGUGACAUAUCCGUCCUUGUCUGUGACGGCUGCGGAUUAUAAAGCCGUAGUUUUCCACUACCAAAAUUGAUUAAACCCCUUGAUUGGGUCUCGUUGAUGAUCGAACUUGUGACCAUCUAACCUCAGACAAGCACACAACCUGUUGCGCUAAUGAGAAGUACUACAUUUGUAUUUCUUAGGACCGCCUUUCCUAGAAUCUUACAUGUUUAAGCUAAAUCUGUGGGAAUAUUUUUGGAUACAUCUUUUUAGUACUCUUUUGAACGGAAACCUUUUUUUAAGAUUUCAUAACAAGAGCUCCUUUGUGAGCAUAAGAAAGAAGUGUCGUGUUUUCGAAAAACGGGGAUUUAGUUUUCACUUAUUUUGAUGUUUUUCUUUGAUCAUUUUAUUCCGAAGAAACUGAGAAGUUUUGCAGACGGAAAGUCUAAGAAUCCACCAUUCCUUAUCUAAAGUAUCCCGGAUUACCUUUCAAGGUAGAAAAAAAAAUCAUUUCGAAGAUACCUCCCUGAGGUCAAAAAUUAGUUUAUUUCUUGAAAAAUUUUGUAAGUCAUUAUUUUCUCCUAUACUGAUGAGUAUGCUUUUUGGUGUCUACUCUAAGGAUUUCAGAGCUCUCGCCAAGUUCUGGACGGAGCGAUCCUCGGGUUCCGCGGCGCCGCUGCGUCGGACCGCAUCAACCAGGGCGAAAUCGAGACGGUGCCUCUGCCGACGGGUACUCAGCGUCGUUGAACGAAUUUCUUCCCACUUCAUUUUCUUCUUUUUCAUGUCUUUUCCCUCCAUUUCUUCCCUCAAUUCUGUUUCUUUUUUAUAGCUUAAUCCUCCUCCCUCGAUGUGACAUUUAUCCGGCUUUUUGCUUCGUUUUUAAUAAUAAGUUCUGAGAAUUUUUAUGAAAGAGAAACCUUUCUUUUUUCGAGAUGAUGAUGAAAAAAGACCUAUGUUGUGCCCAUAAAUGUCACAUUUCUCAUAAAUUUUUGCCUUUUUUAUCUCUAUAUAUUUUGAAUCGCACCCGCCGCCCAUUUUUUGCUCCAAAUUUCUAUCCACAUAUCAUCAUCGAUCCGGAAAAGUUCUCCCUUUUCCAGAUUGGUUUUUGAUUGUGUACCAGAUGCCCUUUCCAAGGCAGACAUAUUUUUGUAUCCUUUUUUUUUGUUUAUAUUCAUUGGAGAAAUGUUGUUACUUGAGGAUGUUUCUUCUUUUUUUUUUCUCUUAGUGAAACUUUUUGUUUUCCUGUUGUUGACUUGUCUUAUUAUUAAUGAUUUUGAGUUUAUCUCUUUUUCAAUUUAAUUUAUCAAACUUCCUUUCUUGGGCUCUCUUUUUUUCUCUCUUCUUCGUUUUGCGGACGCUUCUUUUCAUUGUUUACGUCACUGUUGUUCCCUUACUCCCACUUCGUUUUCUAUUCUUGUGUCGUUUCGUUUCUUCACCCCCUUUCCUUCCCCCGGAGUGAUAUGGAGAUUUGGUAUUUAUAAGUGUUUCCGUUCGUUUUUUUUUUUUUGAAGAAAUAAACGAAGACAUUUGAGGGAAACUUGAAGGCUUUCCAAAAAAGAGUGGCUUCGAAAUUGAAGUUUUUGGCUGAUCACGUAAACUUGUUGAUUUCCAGGUUUCAGCUGCUUGUCUCAUUGAAUUGGGUUAUUCACCUGUCCGUUUUAGUCAUUAAUUGGGUCGAGAGAAAAUGGUCAGAUUAUACAGAAGGUGAGUCAGCUGGGGAUUUUUCGAGUUGUUCAAAGUUUAUGGGAUCGGAAAAACAACUUCAAACGAUGGAAUGACUUUUUCAAGAAAAUUCAAAGAGGACUAUUUUGAAAAAAGCAAGAGUUUCGAAAAAAUAUAUAUAUAACUUCAAAUCUAAUAAUUCCCAUUUUUUAGUUCGAAGAUGAUUCAUGUGAAUUUCACUGUUGAAUGGAAAACAAAUGUGCAAUCUGGUCCAAAACGAGAAGAUCUACGAACGAGUGAUUAGAAAAAGCAAAUCUAGAACAAGGAAAUUUUUGAAAAAGGAAUUUUUUUCAAACCAACUUCUCAAAAAAAUGAGUUUUUGAGGAUAUCAUAUAUUUUUACAGCUUUAGAGAUCGUUGAGCAAAAUUUUGAAAGGUUUCGAACUUCAAACUAAAACUUGAGUCAUGGCCAAAAAGUCAACAGUUGAUCAAAAACUUCUUGCUUCACUCUGUUCAGAAAUCCUUGAAAGAAUAAAUGAUUACCCAAAAUAUUAUCAGAAAAUCUCUUCGCUUUGGAACCUUCAUGAAAAAUCGUUGGUGUUCCUUUAAGUUUCCUAGCAAGGAAGUUGAAAAUGACUGAAGACGUCUAUGAAAUGAAGCGUAUUACGUUAUGCAUUUUUGAUUUCCUAUAAAAUUCGCUCAUUUUUCUCAAAUUCACACGUCUUGUUUUGUGGAAAACGUCAUUUUAGGUGAAAAAAAAAGACGAGCCUGAAAACAAAAUAAUGAUAAAAGAUCACUGAAUUUCAAUUUUUGAAAACUGUUCCAGUGCUGUGCGCCGAAUUUUGAUAAGCCUUUGUGUGGGGCUAGAAAGUUCAGUGCUGGGCUACGAACUACAACGAAUCGACAUGAAAGAGCUCCGAUAUAAAAAGCAAAAAAUGAUUGGCUGCUCUUCACUUUUCCAGGUAAACAUUUCCUUUUGAUCUUUUUAUUUUUCCAGGAGUUGAAAAGAAGAUUCAUGAGCUUUCUACUGUAUGACCCUCUCAACUCCAAUGUUAACAAAAAAAAAAAUGGAAUAUUGUCAUCUUUUUUUUGUUUCGUUUCAUUCCGUCACUAUUUCAUUAACACGGAAAAAAUGAGUAUGCAUGAAUUUUGUUCGAGAAAAAGGUAUUUUUAAAUUUUGAAUUUUCGCAACUUCAAAGUGUAGAUUGCAUAAGGAACGGCUCUCUGGCUGCCUAAUAUUUAAACGCGCCCGACCUCAAAACGACUUGCGCGAUCUUGAACAUAAAAUGGCCGGCGUUAUUUCAUUUGAACCACAGCGCUCGGUGAGCCAUUCCAAGUGCGACCAAAAGUUAUCAAGUCGCCUCUCAAGUUACGAUACCCCCUCCCCCGCACAUCAACUUCUACAAGGAAACAGUAAAAUUCAAAUUACCCGAAAAAAAAUAGUUUUUCUUUCUGAUUUGCUGGUUCCAGUGACCGCAACUCUUAUCACCCCGUUUUGAUUUUAUCAUUAAAACAAACAUUUACGCGUCAAAAAUUGAAAUAUUUAUCAAUUACUCAAGGUUCAGUUGACUGUUUUUUUCUCAAAUGAUUUAGAAUAUUCCUAACCCUUUUUGCAAAAAGUUUGAAGCGCGGAGUUCCGUAAAACGGAUCCUUUUUUGUAUUUUUACUUGAACCUUUGAAAAUCUUGAGUUUUGAAUGUCCCUGGGUACUUUAUUGGAAAAAAAGAAAAAAAUAAAGUCUUGGACUUCUAAAAUUUUAAAAAAAUAUUAUUUGGCUCAAAAAGUAAUGCCGGUUUCGGAGUUCAGAAGGUCUCAAAAUCAUAAAAAGUGUUGAAAUUUUUAAAGUUCAAGUAAAGAGAGAUAAGAUGAGAAAGUACGAUCCUGGAUUUUUUUUUUCCCUGCGAGCCCUUCUCCUUACCCAACAACCUUUCUUUUCACAUCGUAAAAUUCCCCCAGCGCAACUGCACUCAUUUCAGUACUCUUCAGACGCCCGAAAACGUCUUUUUCCUCCCUAAAACAACCCGAAAGAGUUGUCCAGCACCAUCAAAAACAAAAACUUUCCAUAAUCUAUUCAAAAUUCGGAAAACGAUUGACGCCGCUGUUUGGCUCAAUCGGCAACUUUGACGUCCGCCAUGAAGGUGAGUUUUGUGUUUCACGUUUUUUUUUUGUUUGGAACUAUCAGUUUUUAAUAAUACUUUUGAAGUAAUUAGGAACUCCAGAGUGGCCCCUUUAAGAGCAACCUCAGGGGCUCUUGGAGGCUCUUCUCUAGGGACCACUUUACAUACCCCUAGAGAGUCAUGCUAGUCGAAUAUUGUUAUUGAGAAGCAUUUUUCAUGCGAAAAAAAAUUCAGUUAAUUAGAGUUAUUUGAAUGUAAAAAUAUGAACAGGAUAUAUGCUCAUUUGUUGAAAUUUUAAAAUCUGAACAAAAGUUAAAAGACCCUAUAGUGACCACUUGAGCUUUAAGAUUCAGGGGUCAGACCCUAAACUCCUCAAAGUGGCCAUUUUUGUCCUAUAUAUGGGCUGUCUUUUUUCCCUGACCACUAUAGGGGCCAUUCUGCCGCUCUAAAAUGAUAAUUUGAUUUUUCUAAAUUUUAUCAUUUCACAAAGUUUUUUCCAACCCCCUUUCCCGCUUUAACGAGCUUAUUUUUUUUUCUUGAGCAUUUUUUUUUUUUGAAUUUUCUUGGACUUCAACGUUCUAAGGGUACCUUUGAUGUCUGGAGAUUUGAAGUUCCUGAAAUUUAUCUUUUUACCUAUUUUUCAGUUACUUUAACGAAGGAAAUUACUUGAAAGAAAACAUAAAUAUUUGAGAUAAUUUUUUCGAAAAUUUUAAUGAGAGCUGAUUAAAAAAAAUUUUUUUUUAACGGAAACACCUUUUUAAAGUAUUAUUGGUUUUUUUGUCUUUUACAACACUAUAAUAAUUUCACUGUAUUGAAUACUAAUUCUGUUCAAAAAACAAAACGGAAAGUUUCUGAGAAAUUUAUUUUUUAAAAGUAUGGCUCAAAUUCAUUUUAUUUCGUUCGAAAAAAAAAAAUUUCUUGGAAUGAUUUUUAAAUGACUUUUUUCAAUAUUCCCUUUUUCUGAAUUUUUCAUCAGAAUAAUGAUGAACUCUUAUUCCUUGAUGCAUCUCUUCAAUUCAAUUGGUUUUUUCCUGUCAGAUCAAGCCGGAACAGUCGCUCGAUGCGAACUUCACCAGUAAACCCAAAAAACAGAACCCGCCACGAAAAGCCGGAUUUCUCGAUGUUGUAAGUUCUUCAAAAAUGAAAUCGGCCAUAACAUCAAUGAAUCAUUGCCAGCUGCGACAUUCGGACUGGCGGGACUACCUCCUCCUCAUUUUCGGCGUUCUGCUGAGCUUCUUCAACGGCGUGAUGCUCCCACUGAACAGCCUCAUCUUUGAAGGUGAUCGCGGAACAUUGAACAAAAGGAAAAUCAGUUGAACAACGUAGGGAUGACGAACGUUCUGAUGAAAGGCCAAGCCGAGUACGAUGCCGGGAGCCUGGACAUGCCCUGGUUCAAACACGAAGUCCUUCACUACUGCGCCAUGUACUUCUACCUCGGCGUUGCCAUCUUCGUCAUCACCUAUGCGGCGGUAGGCAGAAGAUUGGGUUAUUGACAGGCUCCGGGCUUCAUUUUUGAGAAAAAGUCUGCGCGGUCUUGGGGCAGACCAGGCUUCGGGAAAAAAAACGAAAGCUUUCACCGAAAAAAUUUUCUUACUUGUUGAAUCAUUUUUUCUGUUGAACGCCAAGUGGAAAAAAAAACGUGACUUUUGUCAUGACAAAGCUUGAUAUUCGACUUGUAGAAAGUUCGGGCUUUUUGUGCCGGCCAUUUUGCUUGAGGCCUCCAUAAAAACGGACCGGCUCCCACAGGUGAGUACCGUAAGCGUGCCUAGGUUACGUUACCUAAAUACAAAAUAGAAAUAUGCUACACUAAGAAUAACGGAGAUAAGCGCGAGGUCAUCGGGGGUACAUUGACGACAUCGCGAAUUGCUGCUUUAGCUGGCCCGUUGUUGCAUUUUCCUGGGAGCGAUUUCGCGUUUCGGAAAAUUUCAAAAUCUUUUUGGGGUACCCGUUAUUCUCACCUCAGACACUUCCCUUGUCAUAGCGGUUUGCUGGAAGCGUAAAAGUCUCAAUUCGGUGUUCCGAGUCCUUUGAGUGUUCCACGAUUAUAGAAGAUCAAUCCAAAAAGAUAUUGAUAAAAUCAGAUCAUCAAGAGUAUCUUGAUUUCUCUACAGAACGUAUGCCUCUACACGAUGUGUGAGCGACGCCUUCACGCCAUCCGAAAAUACUACCUGCGGGCGGUUCUUCGACAGGACGCCAGGUGGUUCGACGAGCAGCAAGUCGGCGCUCUCACCCAGAAAAUGAGCAGGUUCAUCUCAAAAAGAAGUCUUGUUAGAACUGAAUGCUCAGUGGCAUCGAAAAGAUCAAGGACGGCAUCGGCGACAAGUUGGGAGUUGUCAGCUCGGGAAUCGGGACUUUUAUUGGCGGCUUGGCUUUGGGAUUCUACAUGUGGUGAGGGAGUAUAGUCCAUUGUUAGCGACUUGAAGUUGCGGAAUUUCUCUGCGCCAUCCUUGUCUCUCGACGACUCUCUCAUGUUGACGUGCUAUUUCCUUGGUGUCGGUGAGGGAACACAGAGACGCAGACACUCCAAAACUCUCAAGUCGCGGCGAACUUUGCUAUAAACGACUCACUUUUUUUUUUCAAUUUUCUUCUUUUUCUAGCUGGCAACUGACCCUCGCCAUGAUGAUAAUGGUUCCUUUCCUGCUUGCCUCCAUGUACGUCUCAGGAAGGGUUGCGAAAAAAUGCCACCUUCUUGAUACCAUUUAUGACCUUCUAGAUGCUGUCCAGAGCGACCAAGUCGGAAAUGACGGCCUACUCCAGCGCCGGCGCCAUGGCCAACGAAGUUAUCGCCGGGAUCCGAACUGUCAUAGCUUUCAACGCCCAGCUGUUUGAGAUUCAACGGUUUUCUUUUCACCUUAUCGGAUCUCAUGUUGACCAGUGGCAACCGCGGAUGCUGCCCUCGUUCACUCGUUUUUCGCAAUUUCUGCCGCACACGUACCGCGUUUCGGCAGUAGUACCCGUUUCGCAAAUUUAGGAAUAUUUAGCCCAAGGGGGCUACUAGCUAGCCUCAGAGGUGCUACGAGAAAAGCCAGUUUCCAUUUCGGAAGAGUACUGUAUGUGAAAGUCCGCAGUUGUUCACUUUGUGUCCUUGAACUUUUGUUUCGCGAGUGGUCUUUCCCGGUUUUUUUUUUCGAUCUUGAAUUCUCUCAAAAUGGAUUAUAACCACAGAAACAGUUAAAAUACAUCAACCAUCCAUUUUGAGUCGUAUCAUAAAAAUAGGAAAGCAGAGAAGUAAUUUGUCAAAAACUUCACGCCAAAAAAUGCAAACACACAGAGUGAAAAACUAGGAAUGCGAAAAUGCACCUACAGUAUUCUUCGAUAAUUGAAAACUCGCUCUUGGUGUAUAGCGGUUAACAGCUGGCUUGAGCCGUCGAAAAAAGAGCCUCAAAACGAUAAGAAAAGAAAUAAUGCUUGGUUGGUGGAGAGCGGAGACAUUCCACGCCCUCAUAGAAUCCCCGGCUAGUCACGAGUUGGCUAUAACCCCAUUUUAUCCCACAGUUUCUCUGACAAUCCCUUUUAAGAUACUCGCAGCAGUUGACGCAGGCUCAGAAGCUUGGAAUCCGGAAGGCGAAUGUCCUGGCCGCCUGUUCAGCAGUACCUCUAUUCCUCAUGUUCGCCUCGAUGGCUGCCGCUUUCUGGUUGGUUCAGGGAAAUGAACUGAGAAGGUUCAAAAGUAGAGAAACUUGCUCAAUAACCUCUUAAAAAUUUUUUUGAAGCUUUAUUAAUUUUUUUUUUGUUUCUUUAUUCUUUUUUUAAAAAAAUUAUUUUUUAAUAAUGAAAAAGCCUCUUAAAACUGCAAUGUAACAUACCCUUUCACUUGAGGUACGGAACUAUUCUGGUUGCUGACGGCGUCGUCGGCCCCGGUGGAAUUUUCGGUGUCUUCUGGGCGGUUCUGAUCGGAACCAGACGCCUGGGCGAUGCGGCGCCUCACUUGGGAGCUAUUUUGAGCGCCAGACUUGCUGCUCGCGACAUUUUCACCGUUAUCGAUCAUGUUGGUGUUGAACUCACACCAAUUGGAGCAAAAAGGCUUCAGGAGCCCGAAAUCAACUGCAUGCAGAAAGGAGGCCUUGAACCGGCCGAAAUCGUCGGAAAAUUGACCUUCGAAAACAUUGAAUUCACCUAUCCCACGAGACCUGAGACCAAGAUCCUCAAAGGCGUUUCUUUCGAAGUUUUAAGCUUUUUAAAAACUGGAGUUGAUCAAAUAAUAUAGGUCGAACCUGGACAAACUGUAGCCCUCGUCGGACAUUCUGGAUGCGGAAAAUCGACGGCGAUCGGUCUUCUCAUGAGAUUCUACGACCAGGAAGCUGGAGUGGUGAUGAGAUAAACUGAAAAAUAAAUCUUCAAGAUCAAUCUUCAGAUAAAACUGGACGGGAUCCCUAUCCGCGACUACAACAUCCAAUGGCUCCGCCGCACAAUUGGAAUCGUCCAGCAAGAGCCGAUCUGUUUCGUUGCUACUGUAUCUGAAAAUAUACGGUAAAAUAAUGUAGAUCUUUUUAAUGAUCACAGUGAAUCUGGUUCAGAAUGGGAGACGACAGCAUUACCGACGAGGCGGUCGAAGAAGCCUGCCAAACGGCCAACGCCCACGAGUUCAUCAUGCAACUGAGCGAUGUUGGUUGGACCGCGACGCAACCGCAGCGCAUCCUUUUUUUCAGGGUUACGAUACUGUCAUCGGCGCCGGCGCCGUUCAGCUUUCUGGCGGCCAGAAGCAGAGAAUCGCUAUCGCAAGGGCUCUUGUGAGGUCUGUUUUUGGGGUACUGUAGAAGGAUUACUGUAUUUUUCAAAAAAGCUGGUUAUUUUUUCGAGCCUCUUUUAAGGGUUUAUAGUUUUCUUGAAGCUUACUAUUUCGUAAAAAUUUAAUAUUUUUUAGUUAGUAUACUAACCAAAACGAAUCGAAACCUCCGAAAAAAAUUUAUCGAGUGAAAAUUGAAGGAAGCCGAAAAUAUUGCUUCUGGACGAAGCGACCAGCGCCUUGGACACAGAGAGCGAACGAAUGGUUCAGACCGCUUUGGAUAAGGUGAUUCAUUUUGAAUUCUUGAAGUUUCUUAAAUAUUUUUCAAGAACUAAGUAGGAAACGAAAUCUAAGAAACAGGUCCAGAAUCUUUAGAAUCCUCUAGUGGCAGAUUUUUCUCUCGAAUAUAUGCUCCAUUGACGAAAAUAUGGGUGUUCAAUGCUCAUUCUUUGACAAAGCGUUUCAUGAGGGUUAUGAAUCAAGUCAGCUGUUUUUUUCAUUUUUGGAGUUUUUUUCGAAAAACCAAAAAUAAUCAAAAAGUUUUGGACAUUCUUUGUCAGAAUUCAGGCUCAAUAGAAAAAAGUGGUAGAGUUAUAAAAUUCGAGUUAUUUGAAUUUUUCGCUUCCCUCAUUUUUCAGUGAUACUUUGAGUUUCACCGCACCGUUUUUUUUAUUUUGAGUGUUUUUUUUCUGCAUCGUUCUCAUUAUAACAACAAAAAUUAAAUUAUAUCCAAAAUAUAAUUGAUCAAGGCUUCGAAAGGACGAACGACGUUGUGUAUCGCCCACCGACUCAGCACAAUCAAAAAUGCUGAUAAUAUUCUUGUAUUCGACCACGGCCUAAUUAUUGAACAGGGUAUGAUUAUUGUUUGAAUCUGAGGACUUUUAUGUUGGAAAUGAUAAGAUCUUUGAAGUAUGGAUUGCACUAAAUAAUUUCCACUUUUCAAAGGGAGAACAGAUGACUGCAUUUCAAAUGGCAUGCAGCCCGACCUUAAACUACUUGCGCGCAGCGGCAUCAAAAGCAAAAAAAAAUUUCGUGCGAUUCUAACUGGCAGUCAUUCCAAAUGCGAAUAUUGUCAAUAGAAAUUUCCUGCUCUUCUUAUAAAAAAGUUUACUGGAAACUUUCAGAGAUGGUGACUGAAUGGAAAUUUAUCCAAAUGAAGUAAACUUAUCAGAAACUCGAACAAAUUUGCUCAGGAACCCAUGAUGAACUGAUGACGGACGAUGUCGGCGUUUACCGAGGGAUGGUGAAAGCGCAGGAGAUUGCGAAAGGACAAGAGGAUACGACUUUGGAUGGUUUGGAGACGUCGAAUCGACGCAUCUAACUAAAUAGACAAAUUCUGAAGACGUGGAGAUGGAGGACAUGAUCAGAGCGUUCAACCGCGACACGGCCCAGUCGGAGGAGGAGCGCGAACGGCGCCAGAGUCUGGUUCACGACUCGAUCCGCCUCCGUCAAAGCAUGAUCAGCACCACGACUCAGGAGCCCGAGUGGGAGGUCGAGAGGUGCGUUUCAAGGGUAAAAUCCGUUCGGCGCGACUUUCGAGUGUCUGCGUCUCUCUGUUCUCUGAUUGGCGAGGUCAGAGGAACAUGAAAAUAGCACGUAAACAUGAGAGAGUCGUCGAGAGACGAGCAGGGCGCAGAGAAGUCUCACCCUUCAAGAAGCGAAAAACGGACUUUAUAAUCCAUUUUUAUCGGCUUCAAAGGUCGGACCGCAGAAUGAGGGCGAAGCGGUCGCGUCGCGUUUUGGCGCCUGUUUAAAUCAUUCGAGUUUUUUCCAAUUUUUCUCGUUUUUUUGUCAACAAAACUAACUAAUCAUUUAAAGUUGUCAUUAAAGCGGUAGAAAUAACGCGAUCAUUUUUGACUUGCCGCCAAAAACGCAUUCCACAUUGCCGUUCCAAGCCUUAAAAAUGGAUUAUACACAAAAACCAGCACAGAAACUCUGGAGGGUAGGGCGAAAUUCGAAAAAAAAAGUUUCAAUAAAGACGAUUCAAGAGGAUCCUGUCGAGUUUUUUCAAUUUUAAGAUAUUCUUUAAAGCCGCUUCGAAACAAAAAACUUGCUCUCUUUUUCAAUUUAUUCUGUUUUUGAACAAAACGAGUCCAAUAUGUUUCAGCGCCCGCGAGGAAAUGCUCGAAGAAGGCGGCAUGGAAGCGUCUUUGUUCGAAAUUCUGAAAUAUUCGAAACCUGUAAGCUUGUUUUUGUCGAAUAGGUCAUUUAAGCGUUUUCUAGGAGAUGAAAUCCAUUGUCGUCGCAAUCCUUUUCGCAAUCGUCAGCGGCUUCACCUGGCCCGCCUUUUCAAUCUUGUAUGGUAAACUUUUCAAGGUAAUUCUGAAGAUUUCCCCCUGAACUUGGCCCAACUCUUGAUAUUUGAGAUCCUAUCGGCCCAAGCGGCGGAUAUGGUCUCUCAGAGUCUGGUCAACUCGGUUUGGUUCCUGCUUCUGGCCGUCGUCGGCGCAGUCGCUGCCUACGUCGCCGGCUCGCUUCUCGGCAAAUCUGGCGAGAAGAUGAGCGGUCGUCUCCGGAUGGACGUCUUCAAGGUCGAACCAAGAGAGAAAUUUUUGGAUUUUUUGCAAACUCUUCACUAUUCUGGGGCAGGGUUGAGCGGAGGUCCGAGUUUUGCCCUUUUUUGAAGGCAUCGCCCCUCUCGCGAUAUGACUUUUCAGUAAUACAUUUGAUUUUUCAAAAACUACAGCUCCGAUCAGAGAGCGCGCCUCGGGGCAACUCGAUCCUCAAAGCGUUCACUUUAUCGAAGAGACCAUUUUUUUUCUCAUUUUUUUCACUAGACUAUUUUUCAAAUUUUUUACUCAUUUUCAACUUUGCGGAUCGGGUCGCCCCGUCGGCAGUUCUGUUUGCAAUCAUCGGGCUGCACCCCGAGAGUUCCCAAGAGUACAGUGCCGCCUAUUUCUGGCCCAUAGUUGCCCCUAUUUAGAGUCUUUCACGGCUCCGGCUACAAUAAAAGAAUAUUGAUCGAGUCAUCAUUCCGUUUCAGAACAUCAUGCAGCAGGACGCCAGCUACUUUGACGAUCCAAAACACGGAGUCGGCAAUUUGACAUCGCGUUUGGCUACUGAUGCGCCGAAUGUGCAAGCGGUAAGAAAGAAAUUUGGUUAUUUUUCAAGUUUGAGCCAAAAAAAAUGUUUAUAAUGGUGACAAACCUACUGUAACCUUUAAGGAAAACACGGAAGAAUUGAGAUUUUGGUCUUUUUUCAGGCAGUUGACCAACGUUUAUCGGAAGUUCUCACCGGCGUUGUAUCUCUCAUUGCCGGCAUUUCUGUAGCGUUUUACUUCGGCUGGAACAUGGCUCCGAUCGGACUGGCGACAGCUCUUCUUCUUGGUAGCUUCUUCACUGUGAAACUCCUUGGUAUUAGUUGAUUUUUCAGUGAUUUCUCAAAGCGCAGUCGCCCAGUAUCUCAAAUUCCGCGGCCAGGCCGACAUGGACUCGGCAAUCGAAGCCAGUCGGGUGAGGAUCGAAAUUUUUCAGAUUUUUCAAAAAGUCUCAACAAAGACAGGUUACGCGCAUCGAAUUAAAGGGUUUUGUACCUGGUAAAAAAUCAGUAUUACAACGGAAGUUUUCAAGCCAUAUUAAAGGCGCAUGCAAAGAGACAUGACACGUGCAGUGAAGAAAAAAAAAGCUUUGUGGCUUGGAGGAAAAGUAAUAAUUGUGACAAGCCGGCGCGCAUCAGUUAUGCACGAGUAGCACUUGCGGAUUGAUUUUUGUACUUUUAAGUAGGCACUAAAGAGGCGCCAUAUCAACUUUAGUGAGUACCUAUCAGCAGAUUUAUUCGUGAAAAACACCUGAGAGUUUUUGGGCCGACCUAUAAGUUAUUUCGAAGACCUUAAACAAAAAAAAAAUUGAAACUUUUCCCAUUUCACCUUCAAAGUUAUUAAAAACAGCUGAUGACGGAGUCGAUCGCCAACUGGAAAACGAUUCAAGCACUCACGAAGCAAGACUACAUGCUGGAGGCGUUCGCCAUCUCGUCGAAAAAUCCCCAUCGAAGAGCGAUCGUCCGAGGUAGGACUCGAAGCUAUUUUCUCGCCACAAGUGUGCUCCACGGCACUUUAGGUCUUUGGCAAUCGCUCUCGUACUCGUUGGCUAGCAGUUUUGUCGUAUUUAACUUUGCUAUCGCCUACGCUUUCGGACUGUGGCUUGUCAUCAACAAUUGGUCCACGCCGUUCGUCGUUUUCCAGUGAGUUUGACAAGGAAAAAUGGGUUUGGGAAUUUCUUGAAAAUUGACCAGAAUGCUCCUUGAUCUAUGUGAAGGAGUUUUUGAAAAACUCCCAUAUCCUGUUUUUUCGUAAAAGAGCCCACAAGGUCAGGAAACCAUGAAAUCCAAUCCGACACCUUCUUUCUAUAAUCUUGAAAGUUGUGCAUAUUGGGGAUUUCAGGGCAUCCCCCUCCCCCGUUAGUCGAAGAGUAUACCCAUUCCCAAGUCAAUGACACCUUUCCGAGUGCCUUCGUCUCGGUUCCCUCACCGGCGAGGUUAGAGAAAAACAAAAACAACACAUGAACUUGAGAGGGUCGUCUAGAGAUGGGGAGCGCGCAGAGAAGACAGGUCGCGCGAAAUGACAUCUUUUCUUUUCUUUUAUGAAAACUCUGAAAUUCUCAUAGGGUCAUCGAAGCGUUGAACAUGGCGUCGGUGCGCGUGAUGGCCGCCGCCUCGUACUUCCCGGAGUACGUCAGGGCGAGAAUCUCCGCCGGAGUCAUGUUCACGAUGGUCCGUCAGAAGUCGCACAUCGACAACCGCGGCAUCGUCGGCGAGACUCCGGUGAGCCUAGGAGCUAUCCAACCAAGAAUAAAAGUUAUUUUGGAUUCUUCUCAAAAGGAACUGCUUUUUGUCUUCUUACAGCUCUUUUAAAUGGUCCUCACACAUUUUUUCUGGUUCACUUUCGAAGACAGUAGAUAGCAAGUCUGUGCCUCAAAUUUCAAUGAUUAGAGUUACAGGUGAUCAAAGGCGACAUCAAGCUCAAGGGCGUCUACUUCUCCUAUCCGAAUCGAAGACGACACCUCGUCCUGGACGGCUUCAGCAUGUCGGCCAAGUUUGGCGAAACCGUGGCUCUCGUCGGUCCGAGUGGCUGCGGCAAAAGCACGACGAUUCAGCUCGUCGAACGAUACUACGACGCUUUGUGUGGAUCUGUGGUACGGCUGAUCGGAAAUUUCUGAAAAUUGACCAAAAAAAUUCCUUGAUGUACCGGAUGAAAAUCCUGAAAGACUCAACCUUCAAAAUAUCUUAGUUGUCGAGAAAUUAGAUCUUAAAGCCCCAAAAUGGCCCGUUUAAACGGGUUUUGAGGGUUUCCUUCGAUUUGGAGAUACCUUCUCACGGUGUUUCUUUUGCGACGCCCCGCCCACUUUUCUCCGUCAAUUAGGACGUGUUUAGUGCAUGCACAAAAAAUUUGGAAAAUAAGGUUAACCGAUGAUGUAAGUGUGUGAAACGAAUGAACAUUGAAGAAAAAAGACGAGGAAAUUAAAAGAGAUUAAAUAAAACUAUAUUGCUGUGGAGAAACAAAUAAAAGAUGUUUUACAGCAAGUACUUUUUAUUAUAAAAAGUUGACGGAAUAUCCGGAUAUAAAUGAAUUCCGGAACAUACUUUCUCAACUUCACAGACUUUUUUCAUGUAACUUCAUCUCAUUGAUGUCCACAACCUAGGAAUCUGAACAAUCGACAAAAAAAUAGAAUAAGAAAAACAUAAAAUGGGGUGAAACAUGUUCCAUACAAACAGGUGGAGAUUUUUCAAAACGCUUCUUCAUCACGAGUUUUAAAGUUAGCCUCACAGAACUACUUUCAAAAAAAACGUCUAACAACCCAGAGUAUACCCCGAUCGUGGUCCCGCAAUACUAUCAGCAAUCUACGAAAAGAAAAAGUGAAAAAAUAUGAAAAAAUUGACAAAAAAUCAAAAAUAAAGCCACUUUUUCAAAUUUCGCGGGCGAAUUUCGAGAAGUGCGCAGACUUUGCCGAGUUUCAAAUUCCUUGCAUUUUCUUCAACUGGCAGAAACGCCGUGUUCUGUUAAACACAAGAAAGUCGUAUAGAUUAAGACUUUUCACUCGGGUACAUUCAUAAUUUGAUUAUGAGUCUACAAAAUUUUUAUGAAAAGCUUAAUGUUUUUUUAUCACUACUCGCGACACAUAAUAAUCGAAUUUUAGCAUUUAUAAAGAUCAAAAUUCAGCGAAUCGAUGACUACGACAUUCGCGACCUCUCUGUGAAACAUUUACGCGACAACAUUGCCCUCGUCGGCCAGGAACCGACUCUUUUCGAUUUGACUAUCAAGUUUGAUUUUUCGAGCUUUUUUUCAUCAUUUACAGAAUGUCAUAUCUUUUUUUUUUGAGGGAAAACAUCACCUACGGCUUGGAAAAUGUGUCCCAGGAGGCGAUUGAAAGAGCGGCUCUUCUUGCAAAUAUUCACGCGUUUGUCAUCAGUCUACCUCAAGUUGACUUCAACCGAUAGAAAAUCCUUUAAAUGGCUUCUUUCAGGGUUACGACACUCAUGUCGGCGCUGGCGGCGGGAGAUUGUCGGGCGGACAGAAGCAACGGAUAGCCAUAGCAAGGGCGAUCGUGAGGUGAUUCGAAGAUAUAUUUUUAAUAUUGAAGUUCAUUUUAAUGAAAUACGUCUCAAAUUGGUUUUUAAAACAUUAUAAGAGUAUGAAAAAAGCUGCAACCAGCCAGUUAUGUUUGAAAAAUCCCAUGAAAAAAUCUAGAAAUAAGCAAAAACCAAAUAAAUUUAGAGACCCGAAAAUUUUGCUGCUCGAUGAAGCUACGAGUGCCCUGGACACAGAGAGCGAAAAAGUUUGAUUCAAUUGAACUUUCUUCAUUUUUUCAAAAUUUACAGAUUGUUCAAGAAGCACUGGACAAGGCUCGACUGGGUCGCACUUGUAUUGUGAUCGCACAUCGGCUAUCCUCUAUUCAGGUUUGAAAUUUUAUCGGAAUUUUUUCCGCGGUAACGUUUUAUAAACAAAAAACUACCGUAACGCAGCUUUAUUCCCAAGCCUUUUUUUUAAAUAUCACGCAUGUUGAAGGCAGGCUACGGCGGCCGGUCAAUUGUCAAUUUUUAUAGCGCCUGCAGAUUCGAAGCUAGGAAAUUUUUUCAAUUUUUUUUCUUCUUCUUUUAAAAUCUGUUACAAACCUAUUUCUAGAGGUUACAAUAUGAUUUACGUCACAAAAAAUACAUACUUUUUCAUUUGAUUACCGUAAAACCUAUCAAAAAUACCGUAAUACGAUUGACUGCCUUGAUUAGGCUAGGCGUGAUAUGGAAAAAAGACUGAAAAAAAACGAAGUUUUCAGGCAAAAAUAGCUUCCGGUAUUUGUACAUUGUGCGUCGCGUAAAUUAAAUAGAGAUUUAUCAUUAGGGCGCUCUUUCUCACACCUCUUCGGCCUACAAUCAUCCGAACCUGAUCAUUCCGAACCAAAUCCGAACCAAGUGUUCAUCCGAACCUAAUCAUUCCGAACCAAUUGAGUAUUCAUUCCGAACCAAUUGA